ACCGCUCAAACGUCAAACUGUUCAUACCUUGUAUAAAUUUGCUUGUUUGUAUGUAAUUACAUUUCUUAUGGGAUACGUAGAAUUUUGGUAGCUUAAUUUUUUAGUUUCUUCCUAAAUUAAUCAUAUGUGUUGAGAAGGAAAUAGAGAAUCAAUAAUGAUGAAUUCAAUAAUCAUCAAAUCCGAACCAAGUGUUUUGGAAAGUAUUCAUCAAAUUUGUCGACUUUGCUUGAGUGAAGAGUAUCAAUACGACGUAUUGAAGGAGGAGAGUUUGCAUCAAUGGAUUUCGGAAUUUCUCUCAAUUAAGGUAUCUCCUGAGGAUCGAAUGAGCCAAGCCAUAUGUGCUCUCUGCCGAAUACGGUUGAUCGAAUUCCAACAGUUUCGAAAACGUUGCCAAGAAGUACAAGGUGCGUUGCAGCUCAUAAUACAGAAUGAAGAUGUUGAUGCUGAAUCAGAACUGACAGCAUGCAGGAUGAUUUAUGAUUCAAAGAAUCAUGCGUGUUUAAAAUGUAAACCGUCAUCCACAGAAGGGUGUAAUUUACAAAUGCAGAUUGCUCAAAAAUCAAAACUUGAGGAUUCCGAUACAACCGUUAAGGUAGAAAAUCAAGAUCCUCCGAAUGAGUCAAAGAAAAUUAAAACGGAAAAACUUGAAGAAGCUGAAUUUUCAAAUAUAUCACGAGGGGAGAGUGUGAAACUGACGUCAAACAAAGAAUCCAGAAAUGUCAUCCAAAAUCUAAACCGAGAGAACCCCGAACUACUGGAAGUUUCAUUGGAUCCAGCGGCAGUUUUUAUGAACUCGACUUAUGAUGACAAUGUUGUGAAAACUAAUCGCGACCGAGUAAUACCACAAAAAUCUGUUAACACAGACCGGCCGAUUAACAGGGGCAUGGUUAAAGUCAAACUCCCUGCGAACGGAGCUGUAGCAUUGUCAGCACCAGAUAGAGUUCGCACACCACGAGUGAAAAACAGUACGGACGGAGUUUCUUCAUUUUUUUGCCACAUAUGCCAAAAGCAAAUACAGUCCAGACAGGCGUACGUUUCCCACAUGAGGAAAUCGCAUGGACCAAAGAUCUACGGGUGCAAUAUGUGUGAUGUUAGAUUUAAUUCACAGGAUAGGUUGGCAAGACAUAUUCGCUCAUUCAAACAUUCGAAUAAGUUGAAGGCAAUGGCAAUACUGCGAGAAUUGAACAAAGGCACGGGAUCGGAAGGAUGACUGAACUACUGUUUAUAAUGCUCAAUUAAAAUCUUAAAAAAUGAUUUAAAAUCAAGAACGUUUUUUCAUCGGUAUAGAAAUAAUCAAAAUUUUGUGAGGUGGGACCCCCGCAU